AUGAUAGUUCGUGUGACAAACAGAGAUAUCAUUUGUCAGAUUGCUUAUGCCCGUAUAGAGGGGGAUAUGAUAGUCUGCGCAGCGUAUGCACACGAACUGCCAAAAUAUGGUGUGAAGGUUGGCCUGACAAAUUAUGCUGCAGCAUAUUGUACUGGCCUGCUGCUGGCCCGCAGGCUUCUCAAUAGGUUUGGCAUGGACAAGAUCUAUGAAGGCCAAGUGGAGGUGACUGGUGAUGAAUACAAUGUGGAAAGCAUUGAUGGUCAGCCAGGUGCCUUCACCUGCUAUUUGGAUGCAGGCCUUGCCAGAACUACCACUGGCAAUAAAGUUUUUGGUGCCCUGAAGGGAGCUGUGGAUGGAGGCUUGUCUAUCCCUCACAGUACCAAACGAUUCCCUGGUUAUGAUUCUGAAAGCAAGGAAUUUAAUGCAGAAGUACAUCGGAAGCACAUCAUGGGCCAGAAUGUUGCAGAUUACAUGCGCUACUUAAUGGAAGAAGAUGAAGAUGCUUACAAGAAACAGUUCUCUCAAUACAUAAAGAACAGC